GUUCACGGACGCAUCACGCGGUCAAAACGCGUAGAACUGUAAAAAUGGCUGCCGCCGUAGCAAGAUUCCUUCCAAAGGCGAGCCGAUUUGUUUGUCCUGCCGCCGCUAGAGUCACAGCUGGAGCGGGUUGCAGAUGGCAAGCACAAGCCACAAGGUCUCUUUGCACCUCUAAGGCUCUUUUAGGAGUAACCAAAUAUACACCCAAGCAUGAGUGGGUGGUAGUUGAAAAUGGAAUAGGAACUAUUGGUGUGACAGACUAUGCACAGUCAAACCUUGGUGAUAUAGUGUAUGUUCAACUGCCAGAAGUAGGAGAUAAAUUCUCAAUGGAAGAGGAGUUUGGUGCCCUGGAAAGUGUGAAGGCAGCAAGUGACUUGUACUCUCCAACAUCUGGAAAGAUCACUGAAAUUAAUAGCCAGCUCGAAGAGGAUCCCUCUCUCAUCAAUAAAUCUCCAUAUGGCGACGGUUGGAUAGUGAAGAUGGAGUUAUCUAACCCAAGUGAGCUGGAUGAUUUAUUGGAUGAAGAAGCUUACAAAGAAUUGGUAGCCCAGGAAGAGGAUGACUGAAACUCCUUGGACUACUAGUCAACAAUUUUGAUUUUUCUUUUUAAAUACAAAAAAAACUGAGACAAUAGCUAAGUAAAUAAAGUACUCUCAUUACCAUUGUCAAUUUUAACUGGUGAUUUACGCCGUAUCUCUAUUUUCCAUUGUAAAAGAAAAAUAACAGGUGCAACUAUCAACAGCUUAUACUACUAUUCUUUAGGUAGAAAUUAACUAGUAAGAUGUCUGCUUUAUACCAGUUUGAGUACCCAGUACUUCUACAUUGGUGGAUCCAGACUGAUUCAACUGAUUCCAGUGAAUCACUCAAAAUCCCAGAAAAAUGUGUUUUUUUUUUGUAGAUUUGAAUUUUAGAACGUUCAAUAAAAAUAAACAUCCA